UCAUGCACACAAAACCAAAUCUUAUCGCUGUCACCUUUUGGCCCCCCCUCCUAUUCUUUCCCACUAUAUAAACAAUCGUCCCCUCCAUUAUCUCCUACAUUGCUUCUCGAAUUCUCCUUCUCUCUCUUCUACCCUAAAUUCAAACAAGGACUUGCAACUAUCAAAAACCAAAACAACUCAAUUUUGCUUUUCUUUUCAUUUUUCUCUCUCUCUAGAUAUUAGAAAAUUCUAGACUAGACAACCUACUGUAGUUUCCCCCACAAGCCCCCACCAUCUCAUUUCUAAUCAUCCUGUUGUCCUUAUUCUAAAUUUCACAUCAUGAAAAAAGAGUUGAAAACUGAGAAUAAUAACAGUAACGGUAACAAGCGGUCCCGAGUUGAGUCAGGAUUAGACUCAGCUGGUGACUCGCCUGAGUCUAAACGAGUUAACACAGAGGUUGAGACAGAUCCUGACUCGUCCGAGUCGAGAGUGAGUCCCAACCGUUCAGACUCGCCGGAAUCGGAGCAAACAGAUGUGUACCUGGAUUCAACGGAGGCCAAGCAGAUAAGAGAAGAUAUAUUGGAUAUCUUAGAGGAGCCUGAUGCUCUGACGGAAUGUCCUCCGGAGGUUCAGGAUCUGGACUCUGUCAUGAAGAGUUUCGAGGAAGAGAUCCUUCACCACUCACCUUUGAACGAUACACAAACCGUCCUCGACCUGACUCCAUCGGAAUCUGGCGACUCACAACCGGACCUCGGAUACCUCCUCGAGGCCUCGGAUGAUGAGCUCGGUCUUCCUCCUACAAUAUCUCCGGCUAACGAUCAGGUUAACGUCGAAUCUGCCGUCAUGCCGGAGGCCGCUGAAUUUGCGAAUAUGGCUGGUUUUGAGGACGAAAUGCUUAAUUACGACACGUUCGAUUUCGGCAUGGACCACGAGGUUAGGGUAGGAGAUAACAGCAACGGCGACUUCGUGACGGUAGGAGGACUGUUUGAUUACCCUGAGCCGUCGGAUUUUUCCGAUUUCUCAUGGCGGCAGGAAUCCUUACCCGCUCUAUAAACAGAUGAAAUUUCUACCUAGGUUUUGUGAAUGGUAGCGUAGUUUGUACAUCUGAAAACCAGAAAGCACAAGAUAUAAAUAGGAAGCUCAUACUGUAGAAUCAAAUGUUUUCAGAGGCUAGAAAUUGGAUUUAUAAAGGGAAUUUGCUCAUUUGAACUCAAAUCUGAAUUCUUGAGAAUCGAUGUUAAAUUGCACUAUACAACUGAAUUGAUUUCCCGCCAUUAAUUAUUGAAGCAAAUAAAUUAAGAACAAA